UAGUAUACUAUAGGAAACAGAAACUACGUGGAAAACCGACUGAAAUACUGUCUGCAAAUAACUAUUAUUGGAAAUAUUUUCAUCUGGAGUAAAAGACGAAAACAGCCAGAAAAAUGGAUACAAUCGAACUGACAUGUUUUUUAAUCGUAGGAUUGUUACAGUUUAACUUAUGUCAAGGUAUUUCAAUUGAUGUGAAGGAAGAUGAAGUUUCAGACUGUGUAAAUCCUCCAGUAGAAAUCAUCUGUGAAUUCACCUCUGACGAGCUCCAGGCUAACAACAACGAGCUCAUAAUUAUGCAUGGUGGUUUGACAAUGGCAAGCUGUAAAUCAGACAGUUUAACCUGUGUAACGGCUAGCGGGAGAUACAACGUGACAAUUGGGAACGGUCGUGCUGUGCUUACAAUCUCCAACAUGGAUGUGUAUUAUUCUGGUACAACGUGGGGUUGCCAUGCUGGACCAAAAAUGGCCUCACUUAAACUAAGAUACUUCCGAGCAGCAACAGAGAGUUUUUCCUCCCAGUUCCUGUCCCUCCGGCAGAUCAGUAUUGUUGAUGUAGUAACACUGUUUAUAGUUAUCACUAUACUGUUAGUACUGAUAAUCAAGGUCGUCUGCUUAAGUUGCUGUCGUGGUCAGAAAGAACAAGAAAAAGAUGCUGAGUCUUGUUCCUGUUCUUGUCUAGGCGAUCUGUUCAGCAGACGACAAAAUGAACCAGUUCAAACUGGUUAUACUGGGAAAAAAUAUGAUGUCAAAACUUCAUGUAUGUUUUAA